ACAGAAACUACAAAUCCCAGCACCGCUGUAUAGGCCGAAAAUUGCACCGAAAUUAUGGUUUUACGACAGCAGAUCGAAAAGUAGAAACAGUCUGCUCGAUGACCUGAAUAUAUUCAUUUGGAAAUAUGAAAUUGUAUUGUUUAUCAGGCCACCCAACGUUGCCAUGCAAUGUCCUCAAAUUCAAAUCCACUACCAUCAUGCUGGACUGUGGCUUGGACAUGACAUCAGCCCUACACUUUCUCCCACUGCCCCUGGUACACAGCCCGAGAUUAUCCAAACUCCCUGGAUGGGUGUCUAAAGAUGGCACUAUUGCACUGGAAAAAGAGCUGAAGGAGUGUGCAGGCCGCGUGUUUGUGGACUCUCUGCCGGAGUUCUGUCUGCCAGAGAGAGAGCUGCUGGACUUGUCCACUAUUGAUGUCAUCCUGAUCUCCAACUACCACUGCAUGAUGGCCCUACCCUACAUCACAGAGCACCCUGGCUUCACUGGCACUGUAUAUGCCACGGAGCCCACCCUGCAGAUUGGCCGGCUGUUGAUGGAGGAGUUGGUCAACUUCAUGGAAAGAGUCCCCAAGGCACAGUCUGCCACCUGCUGGAAGAACAAAGAAAUACAAAGGCUUCUCCCCGGACCCCUGAAGGAGGCCGUGGAUGUUUGGACGUGGAAACGCUGCUACAGCCUGCAAGAGGUCAAUUCGGCCCUCAGCAAGGUGCAGCUGGUUGGCUACUCUCAGAAAGUGGAGUUGUUUGGUGCUGUGCAAGUCACGCCCCUCAGCUCAGGCUACUCAUUGGGCAGCUCUAACUGGAUCAUCCAAUCACAUUAUGAGAAGGUGGCCUAUGUCUCUGGCUCCUCCCUCCUUACGACACACCCCCAACCCAUGGACCAGAGCUCCCUGAAGAACAGCGACGUCCUCAUUCUGACUGGCCUCACCCAGAUCCCGACCGCCAACCCAGAUGGGAUGCUGGGAGAGUUCUGCAGCAAUCUGGCCAUGACGAUCCGCGCUGGGGGCAACGUGCUGAUCCCCUGCUACCCGUCGGGGGUGAUUUACGACCUGCUGGAGUGCCUGUACCAGUUCAUCGAUUCGGCCAACCUGGGCUCCACGCCGUUCUACUUCAUCUCGCCCGUGGCCAACAGCUCGCUGGAAUUCUCGCAGAUCUUCGCCGAGUGGCUCUGCCAAAACAAGCAAUCCAAGGUUUACCUUCCAGAGCCGCCGUUUCCUCAUGCAGAGCUGAUCCAGACCAACAAGCUGAAACACUACCCCAGCAUCCACGGCGACUUCAGCGCCGAGUUCCGUCAGCCCUGUGUGGUCUUCACAGGCCACCCGUCACUUCGCUUCGGAGACGCCGUGCACUUCGUGGAGCUCUGGGGCAAGUCCAGCCUGAACACCAUCAUCUUCACCGAGCCUGAUUUCUCCUACUUGGAUGCCUUAGCCCCCUACCAGCCGCUGGCCAUGAAGUGUGUGUACUGCCCCAUCGAUACCCGCCUCAAUUUCCACCAAGUGCCCAAGCUGCUGAAGGAGGUCCAGCCGCUGCACGUGGUAUGCCCUGAGCAGUACACCCAGCCCCCGCCUACGCAGGUCCACCGCUCUGACCUCAUGCUGGAGCUGCAGCUCCCGCCCAUGCCCUACCGCCGCUGCUCCGUGCUGGGGUUGCCCUUCCGCCGGCGGUACGAGCGCAUCCAGCUGCUGCCUGAGCUCGCCAAGUCCCUGGUGCCCUCGGAGAUUAAGCCUGGCAUCUCCGUGGCAACCGUCUCGGCCGUUCUGCAGUCCAAGGACAACAAGCAUGUGCUGCAGCCGGCCCCUAAACCUGCCCCAGCGCCGCCCAGCAAGAAGCGCAAGCGUGUGGUGGAGGAGUCCCCCGAGGUGCGAGCGCCCAAGCCACUGCUGAGCGGAGCGGUGCCGCUUGAGCCCUCCCUGGCCACACUGCACAAGCAUGGCAUCACGGAGGUGAAGGUGGAGGACACGCCCGAUGGGCACAUCCUGCACCUGCAGGCUGAGGACACGCUGAUCCAGCUGGAGGAGGACGGCACACACAUCGUGUGCGACAGCAACGAGUCACUGCGCAUCACCCUACGCGACCUGGUGCUGCGCUUCUUACAGAAGCUCUGAGGCCGGCCCCUGCCACAGAGCCCCACCCCUCCCAGAGCUCCACCCCUCCCAGAGCCCCGCCCACAGGUCAUCACAGACCUAUCAUUUCACACCAGUGAGGUUGAUGACCGUAAGGAUGGGCCUGAUGGAUCACUGCCAGUACACGUUCUGCCUUUUACUCAAGCUGUUUUCAAUUGUAAUUUCAUGCUGCGGGUGGGAACCUUAUUUUUAUAUCAUUGUAAAUGACUUUUAGGGAUUUUGUUUCCCUUUGUGUACAUUUGUCUGUUUUUGAGAACCAUGUUAGGAUUACUUCUAAAAUAAAUGUCUUGGUAUUUUGUAUA